AUGCUGCGAGCAAGGAUUUUGAUCGGAAAACGGGGGAAAACCACAUUGGCCGGUGAUGACUAUCAAUUCCUACAUAAAAGUGAGAUUCCAUCGUAUCAUUUUCAAAAAUCCCUACGAAGAUUGCCGAUUCCGAAAGUUGAAGAUAGUGUAAAUCGUUUCCUCGCCGCCGCAAAACCCGUCCUUCCCCAAAAAACCUAUGAAGUCACCGAGAAAUCCAUAAGAACCUUCGAGAAAACACAAGCUCCAAAACUUCAAGAAGCUCUCCUAACCUAUGAUAAAAAUCACAAAGAUACCAGUUAUAUAUCGGAACCAUGGUUUGAUAUGUAUUUGAGAGCUCGUGUUCCGGUCGCUGUGAAUUAUAAUCCAUUUAUGAUGUAUGCUCCUGAUCCGGAGCCACGUUUUAAUGAUCAAUUAACGCGCGCAACAAAUUUGGCAAUUUCGUAUGCGCGAAUGAAGAAAUCGUUGGACGCGAAUUUGUUGGCACCCGAAGUUUUUCAUUUGAACCCAAAGAAAUCGGAUACGGCCUUGUUCAGGAAGGUUUGCAAGUGAGUUUUUUUUUUGCAAAAUGUGCAUCAGUGGAUUUUUGGGGUCAAAAAUACGUUGCCACAUGACAAAAAAAAAUUAAAAUUUGAAAAAUAACGUGAAAUUUUGCCAACAACAAAAAAAAACAAAAAUUGUCAUUUCUCAAAGAUUUUGUGAUGGGAAAAAGUAAGUGGGUCAAAGAAUUCACCGAAUUUCGGCAUAGUGUUUUCUAAUUGUCAAACUCCUCGUGUCUGCGUCUCUAACUUUCUGAUAUCUCUGCGUCUCUAUCUCUAUAAUUGUCUAGCUUCUCUGCGUUUUCACAGUAUUUUAGCCCCAAAACCGACCAAAAUCCCCACCGAAAUCUUCUAAUUUUUCCAGAACUCUUCCACCUUCGCUUUCUUGGUUUGGAGCAGUUGCAUUCAAAGCUUUUCCCUUGGACAUGAGCCAAUAUAAAUCACUCUUCUGUGGCUCCAGAAUCCCGAAAAGAGAAAAAGAUGAACUAUAUCUCGAUGGAACACAGAAACAUUUCCUGGCAAUUUACCGUGGAAUUCCAUAUUCUGUUCGAAUUUUCGAUGAAAAUGGUGCAAUUUUACCCGCCGAAGAUGUUCAUUCUUCAUUGAAUUUCAUUUUGAAACAAGGAAAAGCUGCGCGAAAUGACGAGAGUAUUGGAAGUUUGACGAGUUUGGAUCGAGAUUCUUGGGCUGUGGCAAGAGAAGAAUUGGAGAGUUUGGAGCAGAAAAAUGGCGAGAAUUUGAGGAAAAUUGAUGGAGCACUUUUUGCUAUUUGUUUGGAUGAUUUGAAGACGGAAGAUCAUAAGAGGUUGGGAUUUUUUGAGGGCGGAAAUUUGAAAAAUUCAUCUAAUUUUGAUGAUCUUCAUGGCUUUUUAGUUGAACAUUUUGAAUUUUCAUCAAUUUUAACUUAAAAAUAUCAGAAAUUAAUCUGAAAAUCACAUUGUCAUAAUUUCUACCCAAAAAAAAUUCACUGUUUCAAAAUGUUCAUGUAGAACAUUUUUAUCUGUGAAUUUCAAUGGUUGAAAUUUGCAUUAAAAUUCACGAAACUAUGUACCACAAUUUUCCGAUUUUCAACUGAAAAUUGGUCCAAAAUUUGAUUUAAAAAAUCACGCAUUUUUUCGUUAAAAAUUGAUUAAAAAUAAAUAUUUCACUGUUUCAAAAAUAUUUUUCACAAAAAUUAACUCCUGAAAAUUCAGUAAGUUUUGAAUCAGUUAAUUUUUCAAUAAAAAAAACUAAUUCAAAGUUCUGAAAUUCUGAAUAUUCAAGAAUUAACCAUAAAAUCGAAAAAAUUAAUUUUAAAAUCGAUUUAAAUUUAAGUCUGAAUUGAUUUUUUGUACAUGAGCAAAAUUAGAAACACUAUUGGAAAUUUAUUGUUUUGAAAAAUAUUCAUCGAAAUUUUGAAACAGUAAUUUUUAAAAGAAUAUUUUUGUAAAAAAAACAGAUAAAAAUUAAUUUCCCAUCUGAAACAUUUUCUGGAAAUUUCCUUAUUAAAAAUCAAUGCCACGUGGCAAAAAUGCGCCAAAAUCAGAGAUCGAAGCUUCAAAAAAAUCCACUUUUUCAAAAUUUAUGUAUAAAUUUUUCUGAGAUUAUUUUCGAUAAUUCAGUUUAAAAAUUCAAGACGAAAAAUCAAUUUUCUCCAAAACUUCCCCGUUUUUCCAGACUUGUUCAAUCUCUUCUAAUCGGAGACGAAGCCAAAAACCGAUGGUUCGACAAAUGUUUCCAAACAAUAAUCGAUGCGAAUGGUCAAGCCACAAUCAAUUUCGAACAUUCUUGGGGAGACGGUGUUGCUGUACUCAGAUUAAUGGAAGAAUCAUUCAAAGACACCAAUAAGAAUCAUUUCGUAACUCCCGAAACCACGCCGAAAUCACCAAAUCCGGAAAAUGUACAGGAAUUGGAAUUCAAAUUAAAUGAUUCGCUUCGAACAAAAAUCACAAGAGCUCAAGAAAAUCAUGUGAAAAGUAAUGGGGAUUUGGAUUUUUCGACGAUGGAAUUUGAAGGAUUGAAUAGAGAUUUGAUUAAGAAAACGAAAUUAUCACCGGAUUCUGUCAUGCAAUUGGCUAUUCAAAUGGCAUUUUAUUCACUUUAUAAGGAAUUUGUACCGACUUAUGAAAGUUGUUCGACAGCUGCGUUUUUGAAGGGAAGAACUGAGUGUAUGAGGUGGGAACAUUCGAGAUAAUUUUGAAAUGUUUCCCUGGAAAAGGUUAACUGUUUCAAAAUAAAUAGAUAUGUUUUGAUGAUUUCGGAGAGUUUGAUAGUUUUUCUGAAUGCUCACGAGAGAAUCAUUAAUUUUUCAAUUUGAAAAAUCCGGUUUUUUUCGGAAAAUUCUGGAACUUAAAUCAAAAUAACUGUUGUUGAAAAAUACUUAUCAAAAUUUUGAAACAGUGAAGUUUUCUUGAAAUUUUUUAUAAAUAAAAAUCUGCCCAAUUCUAAACCAAAUAAUGUUUUGCACAGCUGAACGAAGCGAUAUUGAAUUUUUGAAAACACUUGAAAAAUAUAAAUAAAGUUUGAAACAGUUAAUUUUAUAUAUACAAAAAAUAUUCAGACCCUUUGAAAAUUUUUGAACCAGUAGCAAAUGUUUUCAUUAUUUUUUGAAAAACAGUGAAAUUUUUUAAAGUACAAAUCCUAUUCCUAGGUCCACAUUUCAUGAUUUCUCUGAAUUUUCCCCCAAUAAUCUUCAUUUUCCAGAUCUGCAACAUCUGCAACUCGAGCCGCAACUUUGGCAAUUUUGGAAGAAGGAAAACAAGAUGUGAAACAACUUUUGACUGAUUGCUCAAAUGUUCAUGGAAAUCUUGUCAAAGAGGCUUCAAUGGGUAAGGUUUUGGAUAUUUUUGGUGGCUAGAAUUAUCACUGUUUCAAAAUUUUCCAAAAAAAUUCACUGUUUCAAAAGUUUAUCAAAAUUAUUUUCUUAUUUUUUAGCGGAUGUGUGCAAAUCAAUCAGAAAAAAUUCACUGUUUUAAAAGUUUCAUAUGAAUUUUUGAUUUUUCAAUUUUUUCAUUAACCGAAGCAACUGAAGCGAAAAUACUUUGGUAGAAAUUCACUGUUUCAAAAAAAAUAAUGAAAAUUUUAACGCGAAAGCAUGAAAAUUAAUGAAAUGGAGUUUUUUCUCAAAAUUGACUGAUAUUUAUCAAAAUUUUUCUGUAUUUUUGAUGUCAAACAUUGCUCCAAAAAUUACUGUUUCAAAUUUCUCAAAUAAAUUUUGCUCACCCUAUAAAAUUCACUGUUUCUAAAUUUUGAUAGUUUUUUUUUCAAUAAAUUAAUUUUCCGAUGAAUACUCAAAAAAGUCAAAAGGUUUUUCUAGUCUAGUUUUUUUCUAUUGGAAAAGUUUUCACCGAAUUUCUGGAAAAAAAAUCAAUUUUUAUGAAUAUGUUCGAAAUAUAUCAGAUAAUUUUAAAACAAUCAAUUUUUUUUCAAAAAAAAAAAUUAAUUUUUUGGCUCAAAAUUAGCCCGAAUUUGAAGAAAAACCGAUUUUUUGAAUUUCAUGUCAGAAUCCUAAUUUUAGGCACAAGCUGAAUCUAAAAUGAAGAAAUUCACAAUUAUUUUCGAUGAAAAUCAUAUCAAAAUUUCGAAAUUUUCAUAUCAGAUAAUUUUGAAACGGUGAACUUUUUCAAAUUUGUUCUGGCUUUAAAUUAGCCUAAAUUAAAAAAAUGCUGAUUUUUUAAAAUUUCAAGUCAGAAUCCUAAUCCUAGGGAUAAUUUGAGCAGGAAAAUAUUUUUGACUAUAAAGAAAAAUCAACAUUUUCGGAAAUUUUUCAAAAAGUAUCAGAUAAUUUUGAAACAGUCAAUUUUUUUUUUCAACAAAAAUUUUUUUUUUCAAACAUUUUUGUUUUAAACUAAAUUCGAAGAAAUCCCGAUUUCUCUCAACUUUUGGAAUUUUACAAAUCAGGCCCCAAAACGCAUUUUUAUUCCAGGCCAAGGUUUCGAUCGUCACUUGCUCGGCCUCAAAAUCACAGCUCAAAGACAAGGCCUCGAAAUUCCGGAAUUCUUCCAAGAUCCUGGAUAUUCUCGAAUGGGUCAUUUCAUAUUAUCAACUUCAACUUUGUCCACAGAAACGAUUGUUUUCGGUGGUUUUGGUCCAGUUGUUCCAGAUGGUUUUGGAAUUGGCUACAAUGUAGUCGCCUCAAAAUUGGGAGCUGUUAUUUCGAGCAACAAAUCGAAAAGAGAUGCUCAAGCUUUUUCGCAGGCUCUUUUCAAGAGUUUGGAUAUUUUGAAAAAGCAUUUAGGAGUUUAG